CAUCCACGUGCCGCGUCGCCGGAGCCGCCACGGUCUCGCUCUCACCCCCUCACGCCCGCUAUAUAUACCUCGCCUGCCUCCGCCCUCAUCUCCAUCCUCCAUGCUCUGCUUUCCUCUUCUUCUUCCUCCUCCUCCUCUCGCCAACUGCACCUGAAGCAAAGCAAGAGAGAGACUUGUUGACCGAUCGAGCAAGCCGGCCCGUCAAUGGACCACCUGCUGCACCAUGGGCACGAGAUGAGGAGGCCCGUCCCAAGCCACGAGGCGGCGCUGAGGUCCGUCCAGAAGCCGCCGGCCAAGCCGUGGCGCGUGGGCGGCGGGUUGACGCCCGCGCCGGCGCCGACGCCGCCCAAGGUGUACCGCGUGGAGCCCCGGGAGUUCCGCGACCUCGUGCAGAGGCUCACCGGCGCUCCCGCCAUGGCCAGGCAGCACCAGCACCAGCACGGCCAGCAGCUGCUGCGCGCGCCGACGCAGCCGGUGCCCGUUCGUCCCGGCGGGAUCGGGGUCGGGAUCGACGACGGCGUGUACGCGUCGUGGUGCUCGUUCCCGAUCGUUGGGCCGCCGGCGUCCAUGCACCCCGCCCUCGACGGCCACCACCUCAUAUAGAUAUAAAUAUACGUAGAAAAUAGUGCUCAUCCUCCCGGCCGCCGCUGCUCUUGUAUUUGCUUGAUCUAGCUAGGACACGACACGACAGCUAUAGGAAGGAGCGUGAACUGCAAGGCAGCGAGCGAAAACUCUUUCAAUCUUCGCCUAGUUUAGGAGUAUUCAUGUGUAAACAAACAUACAUGAUACUCUUUGCCCUCUUAAUUUGUAACUUUAUAUAUUUAGUAGCAGCGCUUGCUUGAUGUAAUUACCAAGGAAAGGAUGAACAAGAUCACAACUACUACCUCUGUAUCAUAAUAUACGACGUUUUAACAGCUUAAAUGAACUGUUAAAACAUUAUAUAUUAUAGUACGGAGGGAGUAGUUUUUCUUUACAUUUUUUCCUCACAAAUACAAAUACGAAAAACUUGUGUAUCAUU